UAUGGCCAAAAAAACUAAUGGAAAAUGAGAGAAAUUAAAAUGCUUUAUAAAAGGCAUGUUAAAAGCCAAGCGUUGACAAGCCAUUCUCCAAUUCACCAUGGCAUUGAUUUCCAUAGAUGUUGAUCAAUAUUACUUUCAAUGUUUCAUUUGGUUCAUCACUGUUGUCCUACUCCACUCUUUCAUGAAAAACAUUUUGAAGCAUCAAGACCCCGAGCCACCGAGCCCGUUUUCUCUCCCUUUCAUUGGCCACCUCCACAUGGUCACCUCUGUCCUUCCAAAAUCUUUCCAAGCCCUAGCUAAACGCUAUGGCCCUCUCAUGCGGAUCCGCCUCGGUGCAUCAUCUUGCGUUGUUGUAUCCAACGCCACUGUUGCCAAAGAAAUUUUUAAAACCCAAGAACUCAAUUUUUGUUCUAGACCCGAAUUUGGUUCCUCAGAAUACUUCAUUUAUAGAGGCUCAAGGUUUGUUUUAGCUCAAUACGGUGAUUACUGGCGUUUCAUGAAGAAACUUUGCAUGACAAGGCUCUUAGCCGUCCCUCAGCUAGACAAGUUCGCUGAUAUCCGAGACCAAGAGAAGGUGAAGCUGGUGGAGUACGUGAUGAAGCGUUGUAAAGAAGGAAAGCCCUGUGAUUUGAGCAGCGAGUUGACUACCUUGACAAACAAUACUAUCUGUAGAAUGGCGAUGAGUACUCGUUGUUCAGGGAAUGAUAAUGAUGCUUCUGAGAUUAAAGAGCUGAUUAGGACAUGUUUGAAGCUUUCAGGGAAGAUUAGUGUUGGAGAUGUGUUGGGCCCUUUGAAGGUAUUGGAUUCCUCGGGGAAUGGGAAGAAGCUUAAAUCGGCUUUGUUGAAGUAUGACCGUUUGGUGGAAAGGAUCAUUCAAGAACAUCAAGAGAAAGCAACUAAGGGUUAUUAUGAUGAGAAUCAAGAGCAAGAUUUGUUGGAUAUUUUGUUGGAGGUUUACAGAGAUCCUACUGCUGAAGUCAAGAUUUCCAUGAAGGAUAUCAAGUCCUUCUUGCUGGAUAUUUUCAUGGCAGGUACUGAUACAUCAUCGUCAGCCAUGCAAUGGGCAAUGGGGGAGCUCAUUAAUAACCCAAAAGCUUUUCACAAGCUUAGAGAUGAAAUCAAUACAAUAGUAGGACCUAACAGGCUAAUCAAAGAGUCUGAUAUCCCAAAUCUUCCAUAUCUUAGAGCUGUCAUAAGAGAAACUCUAAGGCUUCAUCCUUCAGCUCCCUUGAUCAUCAGGGAAUGUGGUGAAGAUUGUACUGUGAAUGGGUUCAUGGUGAAAGCUAAGACCCGAGUACUGGUCAACUGCUAUGCUGUCAUGAGAGACCCUGAUUCAUGGAAAAACCCUGAUGAAUUCGAUCCUGAAAGGUUCUUAGACAGCUCUAAUGAGAAAAUCGGAGAGCAUCAAAUGGAAUUCAAGGGUCAAAACUUUAGGUUCCUUCCAUUCGGGAGUGGUCGAAGAGGAUGCCCAGGAGCUUCACUUGCCAUGUUGGUGAUGCAUGCAGCAGUAGGGUCGUUGGUUCAGUGCUUUGAUUGGGAAGUGAAGGGUGGUGAGAAAGUUGAUUUAAACCCAGGGCCAGGAUUCGCUUCAGAAAUGGCUCAGCCACUUGUGUGCUACCCUAUACUACGUUUUAAUCCCUUCUAAGCAACACCAUAUUUGUGCUUGAAAUAUGUAGCUGCUGAGCAAAUAAAAUAAAUUAUGUAAA